AUGGUGCAGGGCUUCGUCAGCGCCCUCGCCGUCGCCGCGGUCGCCGCGGUCGCCGCGGUCAGCGAGCAGCUGGUGGUCAGCGUGCUCGGUCUGGCAGUCCUCUUCGUCCUCGGCGCCAUCUUGUGGAAGAUCAGCGUGGUUUCAGAGAACCUCGACGGCAUGUACUACAUCGUCGAUGGGGUAUCUCAGCGCUGCGCGUUCAUCGAGCGGCGCCUCAUGGGCUUGGAAUUCAGCCCAUUCGAAUGCUGCCGUCAGGUCAUCUCGGCAAUUGUCGAGUGGGACUUGAAUCGGGAUGCGGCGUACGGCAGUCGUCAAGCCUUUCAGCAACUCAGCCGCUACUCGCGCAACCUCUACCAGCGCACUCACACCGUGCCUUCAGCGGCGCUCCUCAGCAUCAUCGUCAACAAAGCAAUGACUGAGUCCGGUGAGGCCUCAGACGGCGUGAAGAUCACGACGUUGAAGGCGGACUUCCGCAAUCAGUGGGGCCAGCAUCUUCACGGUCAGCAGUACGACGAGACAGCGAGCAAGGAGAACCGCAUGGGUCAGUUGACGCCUCAGGAGAUCGUGGACCUGUACGGCUUUUAUUAG